AUGAAAAUUAUUGAUAAAGAACAACUUUCUGAUAAAACAGAAGAUUUGAUGCUUAUAAAUGCAUUAGAUCUCUCAAGAAAAGUGGGUACUGAAGAAAGUUUAAAAACAUUCCGUUUGUUGGAGGCGUUUCGUUUGGGUGAUACGCAGGCUGUGGAUAAAUGGUUUUUUGCUUAUGAAAAAGAUUUAAUAGAAGAUUGCACAAGGACUCCUUCUAGUUCUAUUAAAGCUUUUGAUCUUUUUAGUCCUCUUAUUCUUGCAGUUCAGUGUGCAUCUAUAUCGAUUGUUGAGCAUAUUUUAUCUAAAAGUAUUGUUGAUGUAAAUUAUAAAGAUGACCAUGGGAAUACUGCGCUCCACCUGGCUGCUCAUAUGGGUCGUUUUGAUGUGGUUAAAAUGCUGUUAAGAAAUGUUAAUGUUAAUGAUACAAUUCUAAAUAACAAUAAGAAGCAAGCAUAUGAAUUGUGUACAUCUCCUGAAAUAUAUCAUUAUAUGACUGCUGAAAGAGCCCGUUUUAUUGAAGAAACUGAAGAGACCUUUUCUCAGUUUUUAUAUGCUAAGAAAUAUGAUGAUAUUAGAAAAUUGUUAGAAUGUUCACGUGUUUGUGCUUUGCUUGAUUUGAAUAAAACUGAUAAAAAUGGGUCUACAUUUUUGCACGAAGUAGUUAAGCAAAAUGAUUUAGAGAUUUUGCAAAUUCUUCUUGAUCAUGGAGCUGAUCCUUCGAAAAAGGAUAAAACCGGAAAGACACCUGCUGAUAUAGCGAAAGAUGAUGCAGUUAAGCGGAAAUUAAUGAUGUAUUCGUCUGACAAUGUUGUUGUUACUUUUCCUGGAGAGCCUAUUUAUAUGUCUGGUUAUAUGGAUAAAUGGACGAAUUAUAAAUCUGGUUAUAAGAAAAGAUGGUUUGUUUUAAAAAAUGGUGUACUUUCAUAUUAUAAAAAUGAAGGGAUGUUUUUCUAUGAUGCUGAUACUGAAUGUAGAGGCUCAAUAAAUAUGCGAACUGCUAGAAUAAAUUAUGGUUCUGGAGAUAAAAGGGCAUUUGAAAUUUUAUGUUAUGAUUCUGUGAAGUAUAGUGUGAAAGUAAUGCACCCUUCUGAAGCUCGGAAGUGGGUAUGGGCUCUUACUAAUUCUAUUCAAUGGGCAAAGGACGAGAAUGUAACUAUUAUUGAUGAAACGCCUAAAUUUCUUUCAAAAGAAUUGGAUCUUCCUCUUUUGAAAGAGAGAGAGCUAUUAUUUUCUUCUCAGCAUUUGUAUUCUAAUGACUUAGAUGGAUAUGAGUCUUCUGAAACAGGAGAGCCUGGUGAAUUUUAUAGAGAUAAUUUUUUGAUAACUAUUAAUUCUUCUAAAAUUCAAUUAAAUAUUCUGGAACAGAUGUUUGAAGAGAUUUUGUCUAAUUUUGAUUUUAGUGAAAAAAAUUUUGAUGCAAAAGUCCAGAGUUCUAUAGAAACAUUUCAACAGUCUAUUAAUACAUUGCGUGAGGCAUUAGGGAAUUUGGAUAAGAUAUUUUUAGAUGGAGAGAAAUAUUGGAAAAAAAUGGUAAAUAAGGAAAAAAGGAUGAGAAUAUUAUGGGAGGAAAAUAUGCAAAAACUUGCUAGUGAGCAAGAAGAAAUAGAAAAAAAUUUACAGAGUGUUGAAAACCAAAGAAGACGUACUAAAAAAGCUUUACGUGAAGCACAUCGUAGAUUAGUUCUUACUCCUAAAAUUAUGAGGACUGAGUAUGAUGAAAAUAAAAAUGAUGAUGAAUCUAGAACAGAAGGUUAUUCUUUAGAUUUAAGUAUGAGUAUUUUAUACUUAUUAAAUACUGAUUUAGAAGGUGAUUUUUCAGAUACUGAUGAUUCUUCAACUACAGAUGAAUUUUUUGAUGUUGGUACUCCUUUAGAUAUUAAGAUGGAUAAAUCUUUGCUACUUAAUGCUAAUAAGGAUGCGGUGCUUCAAAAAAAAACUGAUAAAGAGAUGGAAAUUGAGCUCUCAUAUCAUGGCUAUGAAGAUCCUUUUCGAUUAAAAUUAGAUUUAAUAGAUGAUAGGCCAAAGCUUAGUUUAUGGGGAAAGUAUUCUAUUUUGAAAAGUAUGGUUGGGAAGGAUGUUACUAAAAUAACUUUACCUGUUAGUUUUAAUGAAGCAACUAGUUUGCUUCAAAGGGUUGCAGAAGACAUGGAAUAUAUAGAUUUAAUAGAUAUUGCUGUAACUUUACCUGAAUCAUGUGACAGGAUGUUAUACGUAGCCGCUUUUGCUAUUAGUGAAUACUCUAGUACUAUCAAUCGAAUAGCUAAACCUUUUAAUCCUUUACUCGGUGAAACUUUUGAAUACUGUAGACCAGAUAAACAUUAUCGUUUUGUAGUCGAACAGGUUAGUCAUCAUCCUCCUAUUAGUGCUGCUCAUGCAGAAUCUUCUAAUUGGGAAUAUUGGGGGGAAUCCCGCGUUAGUUCAAGGUUUUGUGGUAGGAGCUUUGAUAUUAAUCCUUUAGGAACAUGGUUUUUAAAGUUGCGCAAUAAUUCUGGUUUAGAUGAAUUAUAUACUUGGAAGAAAGUUACAACUUCUGUUGUUGGUAUCAUUACAGGUUUUCCUACUGUUGAUAAUUUUGGAGAAAUGUUAAUAAAAAAUCAUACUAUUGGAGAUGUGUGUUCUGUUGAUUUUAAGAGAAGAGGAUGGAGAGGUGAUGGUGCUUAUGAAAUACAUGGUGUUGUAAAGGAUUCUAAAGGCACAGUAAGAUGGAAUAUUGGGGGACAUUGGAAUGACAAAUUGUAUGCAAAAAGAGUCUCCGGUAGUUCUUCAAUGACUGAUACUGCUUUGUUAUUAUGGGAAAUUCAUGAGCGUCCUCCUGCGCCUUUUAAUCUUACUCCUUUUGCUAUUACAUUAAAUGCAUUACCAGAAAGUUUGAAGCGAUGGCUACCUCCUACUGAUACUCGAUUAAGACCUGAUCAACGAGCUAUGGAAAAUGGUUAUUAUGAGUUCGCUGCAAAAGAAAAAGAGAGACUGGAGAAUAAGCAAAGAGCUUCUAGAAAAGAACGUGAAUUAAAAGGAGAAAAUUAUGUGCCAAGAUGGUUUCAAAAGUCGAUAAAUGAGAUAACUGGUGAUGAGCAGUGGUUAUUUGGUGGUGAAUAUUGGAAAAUUAGGGAAAAAUUGGGAUCGAAAAAUAUAAAGGCAAGCAUACAUGAUUGGGGAGUUAUGGAUAUUUUUUAA